UUGUUAUGUCUGUUCCAAAUUCGAAUUAAACUAUUUUUAAUUUAAAUAUAAUAAAUUUAUUGGAUCGGAGAGAGUCGAAAAGUUCCACCAUGGCGACUUCCAAUGAUUGGGCUGACAGUAGUCAGUCUGACACUUCUGCAGUAAUAGAAAUGACAGAUUCAAUGGAAGACUUUGGUGGUCCUUCACGUGAACCUGCGGAGCUUCACACAAUGGACAUUCAUGAUGGCGAGGAUGAAGAAGAACAUGAUGAAGAGACCGGUGACUUUAUGAAAGCCAUGAGGAGUCAAAUAGGCCAAGAAGUUGCAGGAACAGCAUGGAAAGCAGGUAAAGACCAAGCUAGAAAAGUGUUUGAUUUGUAUGCAAAUAUUGAUAUCUUCAGACCGUAUUUUGAUGUUGAACCAAAAGUAGUUGUUAGAAGGCUGAUAUUUUCACUUGUGCCAAAGAGACCAUCUGGGAGACCACAGAAAGUAGAAACAGAGUUGUAUGGUCCACUGAUGGUUGUCUUCACAUUGAUUGCUUUUCUUUUAAUGGAGAUGAAGUCAUCCUCGCAUGUUGUGCGAGAGGGAACACUGAUGGGGUCUGCAAUAGGAUUAUGCUUUGGAUACUGGUUUAUCGCAUCUGGUCUAUUCUACACUGUCGCUUAUAUUUGUAACACUCAAAUUACACCCUUGCAAGUUUUGUCACUAACAGGUUAUUCACAGUUUGCAAACUGUAUUGUGAUAUUCCUUGGAACUGCUCUGCACAAUUUAGAUUCCCAUUUCUUCUUUUAUAUGAUGUGGGCUAUAUUUGGUGGUCUAUCAGCAUUGAAAAUGUCUGCUGUUUACUUUUCAAGAACAAGUGGUAAAACCCAGAAGCUACUGAUUGCUGGCAUUGUAUCAGCUGUACACCUACUGUUCCUACUUUACCUCCACUUUGCAUACCACCAAAUUGUCAAAGAUAUUUCUAACAUAAUUGAUGGGGCGCCUGGCAACCAACCAAUGCUAGAUGUCGUUGAGCGCGGCGCUGUAGAUGAGCAUGUUAACAAUGUAGAGCCACAGAAUGUUGAGAUCGCUGAGCAUAUUGUCAAGGAGGCCAUGAAAACGGUCACUAAAGCAGCGAAAAGUCUGUCAAAUCUUGGCAACCAGCCAAUGAUACAUGCAGAUGCUGGUGACACUAUGUAAAUGUGAAUUCCAUGCAAAUGGUAUAAAAAUAUUUGUGAACCUAAGGUGAGAGGUGAUCAUUAGAGUCAGACACAACAAGUGAUGCUUUAGAGACAUUCAGAAGAAUGGAGGAUGAACAAACUCAAAGUAGGAAUGGAUUACUAUCAACAAAUGUGAUUGGGCCAGAAUUAUAGAUAGUACUUGAUUGUUUAGAAGUGUAUUUACAUUCUCUUUGGUUUGUCUUUAAUCUCACUUAAGUGUGUUUUUAUUCAUGUACACAAGUUAACUACUUGUACAUACAUAUAUUUUAUUUUUAGUAGAUACAUUUUGUAGAUACAUUACAUAGAUAACAACUAAUUCUUGGAUUCAUAAAUUAAUCUUUGGGUACCAGAUUGAAGGUAAUUGAGAAACUCCAUAUAAACCUAAUACUUGCCAUUGUAGCAAAUGACCAAAUAUUAAAUAACAAUGAGUUGUACAGUAUGUGAUUAUUUGGAGUUUGCUUCCUAAAUUAUUUUGUUUCUCUAAAGGUGAAUGAAUGUACAGUGUAGUCUAUUUAGU